AUGGUGCUUAACCCGCAAGAGCUGUUGGAGCAACAGAACACCGUAUGUGUAGCCUGCCGGAAGAGGAGAGGUGCUCUACCAUCCAAGGUUCAGGCAAUGCUGACGGUCCCAUUUCAACCCGGCGAUGUUGCCGCUUUGGUCCGACCUCAUGAUCUUCAGGUGGUCUAUGUCCGACGUCAACACUUUUUGGAUGUGGCCAAGGGGUCGCCAAAAAAAAAUCGUUCGGAUUUGUAUCGUGACCCGAAGACACCAGCUAACCCGUCGACUCCAUCAAGCGACACCUCACCGACGAGUGACAGGGAAUUCGCUGAGGAUGUUCGUCUCCAGACAGAUAUUGACAGUAUCAGACAGCAGAACCGAGGGCUGGGCAAGAGACAACGCGAAAGUUUCGCUGGCGACCUCGACGAGUUCGCCAUGGCAGACGAAGUUAGCGACGACGACGACGACUACCGCCGAGUACGACCCCAAGUGGCGUUUCGGCCAUCCGCUACUCAACAUCGUGUCCAUCUAUCGGUCAUCAACCAACGGUACAAAGGUAAGAAUGCUCAGGUUAUUUUAGAAAUGAUGCAGCACUCGGACCACGUGCUCUUCCUCGGACAACCGCCAGUCCUCCGCGGCGCCUUUGACUUCGGCUUCAAUGGCGGCGUAUUAUCAGUGAUGCAUUUCCGGGAGGCAGGACUACUCGAUAGGGUACGUGCAAUGGAGUCAUCUGCAAGUUCGACGGACUUCUCAGAAAGAAACGUGCUUCGGCCGGUCGCAGCGGCGUCAAGCAGAGGUGAACUCGUCAACGCGCUGCGCUCGUUUCACAUAUUCGGCUCUCAGUUCUACAAUCAGUUGGUUGUCGACCUGCUUGAUACUGCAACUAUGUUCGUCGAUCGUUACCGUGGCCUCCGCGAGACGGACGCGUUUGGAUGGAAACUAAUGACCUACUGGGUAGCCAAGAAGUUCCGCAAGUUCCGCAGCCAUCUCGUAGCACGUGACACCAACGCCGCAGCAGCUGUGCGCUUUGAGUUUUCCCGGACGGACGAGGAGCUGAUGGAGGUGAAGGACAUUCGGAGUCAACACCGCCAUAAUGAGGCCGCCGUAUCGAGAACUCGACAUGGAGCGGACACAAUUAAACCGGCAGAUCGUCCUCGUCGAUUUUCCAGUAUUCCCGCACCAGUACUGGAAGCACUUCCGGUCAAAGAUGGCAAAAGACUCUGCAUGAAGGCCAUAUCGAAGGCAGGCUGCACGGGCAAUGGUAACGGCGGCUGCUUUGAUCCUAAGCGGUCUCACUUCAAACCAGACCAGUUGCCAGAGAUCGUUAAGGCAUAUAUCGACGACAACUACAAAGGUCUCGCACCAACGGACCAGGACAGUUGA